CCAUGUAAUGGUGUGAGUCCUGUCAUUUGAGUGAAUCGUGUUUUAAUGUGGCAUGAGAAUGAAGCUUUGAGCUAAUUUACAAUAUCGAUCACACUAUAAGGAUCGCACUAUUUCUAUACUGGUCCGAUUCUUCGCCGAUGAUCGUUGUGUCCGAGAGUCAUGGCGAUGGCUGUGUGGAGGGUUGGUGUGUGCCUGCUGAAACAGGUGCAGGGUGCCUAUCUGAUCAGGGUCAGCGCCCGCAGUCUGUUCAGUGAGUCGGGCGUGUGGGAGCGGGACUACAGGGCCGAGACCCGGCGUAGAGUGGAGCAGUGGUGGCACACGCGCAUCCAGGAGCAAUGGCAGAGAGAGGGGAUGGACCAGAGCUCUCAGAAGAAGUUCUACGUUCUCUCCAUGUUCCCGUAUCCAUCGGGUCGACUGCAUAUGGGCCACGUGAGAGUUUACACCAUUAGCGACACCAUCGGCCACUUCCAGAGGAUGAGAGGCCAUCAGGUGUUGAAUCCGAUGGGAUGGGAUGCGUUUGGUCUACCGGCUGAGAACGCUGCCAUUGAACGAGGCCUCGACCCGGAGGAGUGGACCAAAAGUAAUAUUGAGUCGAUGCAGCAGCAGCUGGACAGUCUGGGACUCUGCUUUAAUUGGGAGCGGGAGGUCACGACCUGUCUGCCUGACUAUUAUAAGUGGACACAAUAUCUAUUCAUCAAGCUGUUUGAGGCUGGACUGGCUUACCAGAAAGAGGCUCUGGUGAAUUGGGAUCCAGUGGAUCAGACGGUUCUUGCAGAUGAGCAGGUGGAUGAGAGCGGCCGCUCAUGGAGAUCUGGAGCUGCUGUGGAACAGAAGCUCCUCAAGCAGUGGUUUAUCAAAACUACCAACUAUGCCAAGCCUCUCUUGGAUGCUUUGGCUGAUCUCCCAGAAUGGUAUGGAGUCAAAGGCAUGCAGGCCAAUUGGAUUGGUGACUGUUCCGGCUGCUUCUUCAACCACACAUUGAAGGUGGAUGGUCAAGACACAGGGGAGGUGUUAUCUGCAUACACCUUUUCUCCAGAGGCUGUGUUUGGAGCAGCCUACAUCUCCAUCCUACCAUCACACAGGCUGCUGCAUGGCUCCAGUGCCCUCAAAUCAGCUCUGCUCAGAGCACUGAGUCCUGGGAGAGACAGCUUGACUGAGGUCACAGCCCUCAACAUGUUGACCGGUCGUGAGGUUCCAGUGAUCAUCUCUGCCAGGAAUGAGUUCCACGGACAUCUGGACACUGUGAUAGGCAUCCCAGACAGCAGUGUGGAGGAUAUGAAUGUGGCUCAGUCUCUGGGUGUGAAGUGGAACUCUGUUCUGAAGACAGAGGAAGAUGGAUCACAGACUCUGAUAAACUCAGAUGAGUUUACAGGUCAAAGCCGGGGGGAUGCAUUUAAGUCUGUUACCCAGAAAGCCCGGGAGAGGAACGUUGGCGGUUACCUCACUAGUACAAAGCUGCGCGAUUGGCUGAUAUCAAGGCAGCGCUACUGGGGCACACCCAUUCCCAUAGUGCACUGUGGUUCAUGUGGGCCUGUGGCUGUUCCGGUGGAAGACCUGCCCGUCACGCUACCUAAAGUACCCUUCCUCACAGGGAAAGGAGCAUCACCCUUAAAGACGGCACAGGAUUGGCUGAGAUGCCAGUGUCCAAGGUGUAAAGGUCCAGCGGAGAGGGAAACAGACACCAUGGACACAUUUGUCGACUCGUCCUGGUACUAUUUCAGAUACACUGACCCACACAACCCGCUGAGACCUUUUGAUCGCUCUCAGGUGGAUCAUUGGAUGCCAGUGGAUGUGUACAUUGGAGGAAAGGAGCACGCUGUCAUGCAUCUGUACUACGCCCGAUUCCUCAGUCACUUCUGCAGAGAUCAGGGCAUGGUUUCAUACAGGGAGCCCUUCAAGAAACUGCUGGUACAAGGUCUAAUAAAGGGCCAGACGUUCAGGGUGGCAGAGACUGGACAGUACCUGAAAAAAGAUGACAUAGAUUUCACAGGUUCAGAGCCUGUUCAGAGGGACACCGGCAGCCCACUGCAAGUCACGUGGGAGAAGAUGAGUAAAUCCAAACACAACGGCCUGGACCCGCAGGAGGUGGUGCAGCAGUACGGCAUCGACACCAUGAGACUCUACAUCCUGUAUGCUGCUCCACCUGAGCAGGACAUCUUAUGGGACGUCAAGACUGAUGCUAUCCCAGGUGUGUUACGAUGGCAGGCCCGUCUGUGGGGGCUGGUCACUAAACUGAGAACUGUACGAGAGGGACACGAGAUGCCCAACCCUUCCAUCCUGAACAAGAGAGAGCGCUCAGAGGCUCAGAAGAUCUGGGAUAACAAAAACUACACCAUCACACAGGUCACAGGUCACUUCACAGAGGACUUCCUGUUUAAUGCAGCCAUCUCUCGACUCAUGGGUUUGACCAACACACUCUCACAAGCUUCGUCUCGAGUAGUUCUGCAUAGCGUGGAGUUCGAGGAGGCUUUGGCGUCGCUCUGUGUGAUGGCUGCACCCAUGUGUCCACACUUAGCUUCUGAACUCUGGGCAGGUUUGUCUCAGGUGAGGAAUCCUUUAGGAAGCAUGCUGUCUCGGAAAGGAGAUGUUCUUCAACAGCACUGGCCUAGUGUUGACCCAGAGUACCUACAAACCCCUGACACACUCCAAGUGUCUGUACGGAUCAAUAAUAAAGUGUGUGGGAGUGUAUCUGUACCUCGUGAUGUGGCUCAGGAUGCACAGAAGGUUCAGGAGCUGGUGAUGGAGAGUCCUCUGGGCGCUUGCCUUCUUUCUGACUGCAUCAUUAGGAAAGCCAUCCUCUCACCCAGAACUGCCCUCAUCAACUUCCUGGUGGAUGAAUGACACAACCAGAAUCAAUGUGCCUUACAGGGGUUUUGCUAUCAGAAUGGACUGCCUGUGAAAAGCCCAAGUCUCUUAUAUCCAAAGGAAAAUGGCUGGUGGGACAUUAAAUGAAAAGGGAAUAAAAAUGGACAUAAUUUAUUGGAAGUUUCAGAUGAUGUUUUGAAGACUUAGUUUGACCAUUUGACUGUUUGUCUGAUGAUGACUUUGCUCUUUGCGGCUAAAAAUUCGCUGCAACCCCCCUCCCCACAAUAUAUAUAUAUUUGAUCCUGUUUUUAAAAGUCUGUGAUUCUGGCUCUGUUUGCUCUAUGCUUGCUCUGGAGUUUCAAAGGGUUAGGUCAUUUUUUAUUUUGUUUUAAAGAUAUUUUUUUCUGGAAAACAAGUUAUAUACUCAUUAUUAAAACAUUGUUAUUGCA